AUGGGCAACGUCAGAAAAGUUUCUAUCAUUGGGGCCACCGGCACCCUUGGUUCUCGCAUCUCUGGCGCAUUGCGAGCUGCUGGCCACGAGGUAACCGCUAUCCAGCGUAAGGACUCGAGCAAGCCCGCUCCAGAGGGCCUGAAAUCUAUCAAGGUCGAUUACCAGAACAAGGAGGAGUUGGUUUCAACUUUCACUGGCCAGGAUGUUGUCAUCAGUGCGGUCCCUUUCCCUCUGCUCGACUCGGAAAAGAUCAUAAUCGAUGCCUGCAUUUCUGCAUCCGUCAAGCGUUUCAUUCCCUCCGAGUUCACCACUAUGCUCGAGUCCCCCCUAUCCAUCAACCUACCAAUUGCCAAGGAGAAGGUUCUAAUUCGUCAGUACCUCACCUCCGUCAUGUCCAGUACCUCCAGCCCCACCACAUGGACCUCGGUCAAUAACGGCGCCUUCUUUGACAUGGCCCUUAAGUACGGCGUCUUAGGCCCCAACCAUAUGACCAAAAAAGCCAUCUUUCACGAUGGCGGUGACAAGCCGAUCGCCGUGUCGACCCUCUCUGAUAUCGCCGCGGCGAUUGUCAAGCUGCUGGAGAGCAACAGCAACUUCGAGGCUGCCGCCAAUCAGCCCGUCUAUAUCUGCUCGGCUGCUGUCACGGAGCGCCAUCUGACUGGGCUUGUUUCUGAAGUCACUGGCAUUGACUUCGGUACUCCGGAAGAAGUGUCAGUGAAGGAGCUGAUCACGAAGUCAGAUGAGAAGUUGAAGCAGGGAGACAAGUCGGUAAUCAUCAACUACUACUUCCAGAUGAUGUACGGGGAAGGGUAUAAGGGUGGCGACUUCAUGCAGUUCAACUGGAAUGAACGAUUGGGUCUGCGGAUUAUGUCUGAACAGGAGCUCAAGAGCACCAUUCAGCAAAUCUUGGGUAAUUAG